AAGAUAAGUAUAUAGAUAUAUAUACACCUCGAAAUCUACCAUUCCUAUGAAUACCGCCUUUGUAUUCUGGACGAAUAUAAAAAUAGGGUCCGCGCACACGAGGCCUGAAUUAUUUCUUCCGCAAAGCUGAGUGAGAAGCACCCGACCAAUGGACAUCCCGUUCACUUAUUUACCGUGGCCCCAAGCAAACUGAUCGUGGAACAUGUAUUGAAUUUUUCAUACGGACCGCCUCGUCUUUUUUUCCGUUGCUCGGGUUCUUUUUAAAAAUUCCUGCGAGAGACCGGUAGCCUCGAUUCUUUCCUGAAAGAUUGAACGGCCGUUUCGCAUCUACGAACGAAAGUGUUCUGUGCCCAAAAUGCGCGUCGUGACACUCGUAUUGCUAUCAAUUUCGCUAUUCUGCACUUUCCAGCACAGCCGCGGAUACAACAUUCUAGGCAUUUGCCCGAGCGCAAGUUACAGCCACCAACAAUCUUUUCAAGCAUUGAUGAAAGCACUGGCAUCUCGUGGUCAUAAAGUUACCGUUUUAUCAACAGUUCCUUUAAAGAAUCCUCCACCGAAUUAUGAAAAUGUUGACUUGUCAUUUUCGUAUGUAAGCAUGGAUUGCACAGGAUUAAGACACAUGGGAGCCUAUGCGUUUCUACAUCAAAAUUUGUUGGGAGCUGAAUACAUGUGCAAACGUCAAUUAUUUAGUCCCCCCAUUAAAGAACUCAUAACGAGCAACAAGACAUUCGACGCAAUCAUUAUAGAGCAGUUGUGGUACCAAUGUUACUACGCCCUCGUGAAACACUACAACUUCCCCGUGCUGAUUGGAUUUUUGAGCGUGGGCAACUUGCCCUACGUAAUGGAUUCCGUAGGAAAUCCAGAUGACCCUAAUUUUAAUCCAGACAUGACGUAUCCAUUCACGGACAGAAUGACAAUCAACGAGCGUAUAAUGAACAUCCUUUAUACAACGUACACAAGAUUGUAUUAUCGAUACUGGCAUCUACCAAAGGCUCAACGCAUGGCUAACGAACUGACACCCGGCACAUCCGUUUACGACAUUGAUAAAAAUUUCAGUCUGGUGAUUCUGGGCAACAAUCACGUGUUCGGUUACCCGAAGCCACUGCUGCCGCACGUUAUCGAAGUGCACAGCUUGCAUAUUUCGGAAAAUCCCGGCCCUUUGCCCGAGGAUAUUCGCGAAUUCCUAGACAACGCUGAGGACGGUGCUAUUUAUUUCUCUCUGGGCUCAAAUCUGCAAACUGACCAACUACCCGCUGGACCUUUGACCGCAUUGUGCAACGCCCUAGGCUCGCUCAAGCAAAGAGUUCUAUGGAAACAUGACGGUAACAUGGCUAUUCAUCCGACCAACAUCAAAUUUGUGAAGUGGGUGCCUCAACAAGCGGUCCUCGCGCAUCCCAAGGUGAUGGCGUACAUGAUGCAGGGCGGAUUGCAGUCGUUACAAGAGGCGGUGCUCUACGCCGUGCCGGUAGUCGCGAUUCCCUUUUUUGGGGAUCAGUAUUUCAACGCACGUAAAAUCCUAGACGCCGGUAUCGGACUGACACUGAACAUCGACACCAUAACCGAAAACUCCGUCGUGCAAACGCUCACGGAGAUCAUCGAAAAUAAAACAUAUCUGAACAAUAUCAAAACGAUGUCGGCGAUCGUGCGGGACGAAUUGGUGAAACCUAUAGACAGGGCGGUGUGGCAUGUGGAACACGUAUUGAAAUUUCCAAACUCGAGACAUUUACGGUAUCACGGGCACGAUAUGUCACGGAUACAUUAUUAUGCACCGUAUCUGUGCCUGGCUACAUGUCUCGCUUUAUUAUUAUACAUCAGUUACGUGUUGUACGGCAGAACCGCCGGUGUUUUUGUAAAAAUCAGACGCGCGAGUGAUUUAAAACGAUGGAUAAGUAACUUGAAACGGAAGCUCGAUUAAUGUGAAUUUAUGAUGCGAGGCAACGAAGUAAAAGUUGAUGAUAAUGCAAAAAUUUUAGAGAGUAUAUUGCAGAUACCAGGGAGACACUUUUUUUACUUAUACCUUUGUGCCGUGCAUUAUUGCAUUUUUCAUGCAUUCAAAACGGUUAUUCGAACAUUUGAAAAAUGUUGAGUGAUAUUCAAAUCUGGAAAUUCGUACGUAUUACACCGCUCAUGUAAUUGGAAGAGUAAAUUAGACGCGAGUGAAAAGUCAAUAGAAGAAAUAGUAUCCCGAUUGAAUUUCACUUUUCUAUCAUUCGUUACAUUUUCGAUCAACAAUAAGUGAUUGCGUAAAGUUCCAAAUUUAUCAACGAAAGCUAUGCUUUCGAACGUUAUCCAUAAAAGAUAAUUUAGAAAAACGGGAAGCUGUAAUCUCACCCGCUUGUAUCUUACAUACCGACGCCUGGUUCUUUGAUACGUUAUUAUCUUAUAUUGUAUUUUCAAGCGGAAAAAUCUGUCUAUUUGAUAUUACGAUAUAACACAAAGAAAUAACGGAUAUAUGUGUUUAUGCAGCGAGAAAUAAAACUCUCGAUUACUAAUUCUUCGUUUCUUUCUACAUUACGGUUUAUGUAUAAAAUAAACAGAAGAGUGACAACUAAACUGACACAGUUUUUAGAUUUGGGACAGAAAAGAAUCGAAGCCCGAUAACGAAAUAUUUUAAUUGAGCCACAUACAACUCGCUGCAUAUUGUCAAAUAGAAGUUGAAAAAAAUUCGUGAAAAUCGUUUCCAAUUUUUCUCGAGAACAGUUUCACAGAGUAACUUGAAAGUUUCACUACGUCUAAGUAAUAGAGGAACAAAGUUAUCCAUGUUUUUCCUAAUUUCAAAAAAAGUUACAGUAUUUUAUUUACCACGCAAAAUCUGUAAUGGAAAAAAGUAAGGAACUAAUAUUUCAGUGAAACUAAUCAUAAAACGAAGAGAACCAGUCUACAGCCACGGUGAAAACAUACAUUUUGUGUGAUACUUCGGGUAUUCAUUUUAUUAAAAAAUACCUGAGAAAAAUUGGCAACUUUAUUAUGUAGAUAAAUUGUUAGUGAUUUUGAGGAAAAUUUGAUAUACUCAUAAUGAAGUUUGUAUUUGUAUAUUCUAAGAUUCGUCUAAUCGUGAAUUUUUUAUCGGCGAAAGGGCCGCAUUGUAUUUUUUUAAGGGAUAUGAGUCACUUUUAAAAAAGAUACGUAUAUUUAUCUCCACAUUCAGCCCAAAUAGCACAGAGAAUCAAAACGAAUUCUCUCUUUCUUUUUCCCUCCCAUUCCCAUUCUAAAAAUAUUCUUAAAAGUUCAAAAAGAAUUUGUUUUUAUGUAACCAAUUCCGAGCUCUUUU